AUGGAUACACUAUCGUCAACGAGUCUUAGUACGAAACUAUCGCGGGUGCGCCUGUUUCCUAAUAAAACUGGCGUUAAAUCGGUCAGCGUUCAUCAAAUUCAAGGUAUUCACAGUAUGCGAGCACGAGUAGCACAGUCGUCAAUUAAUCCCAAAAGUGCUACACAGAAUUCACUGACAUCCUCAGAGACAAAUAAUGCAUUUAGAGGCUUUAAUGUUAGAUCAAGUAGUUUCAAAAAACCGAAAAGAACUCUAACACAACGUCAAAUCUGUCUGAUUGUGUUAGUAGCUGGUAUUAUAGCUGCUGUUUUAGCUGCAAUUACCGCUAUUGUACUUGUUUUCACAUUACCAUCAAAAACGACUACGACAUCAACAACCACGACAUCAAGUAAGUUUAUAUUUGAAAUGCAUUUUGCAAUGAUCAAUUUGAUUCUAGUACAACCACUACAACUACCACAACUACUACAAGUACAACUACCACAACUACUACAAGUACAACAACAACAUCAGCAACAAGUAAGUACUCAUGUUUAUCUAGAAAAAAUUCUCUUAAAAGCGAUCAACGAUUUACUAGCAACGGUAUGUUCAAAUGCUGGCCGUGGCAAUUUAGGUCUACUAACUGGAUAUGCUGCAUCUAGUUGGACUCAAUAUUCGACUAGUUUCACAGCAACACUAUCAAGGUAUGCUCUUGUAUUCGGCUUUCAAGCAAAUGUGAAUCGGUCUUGGAUUUUGGAUGAUAUAUCUCUUAUUAAAAAUAGCGCUCCUGCUAUUGAAAUACUUCUCAAUCCAAAUUUUGAAAACUCGAGUGCAUCAAUUAUCGAUUGGGUACUUUGGUGUUCAUCAUAUUGCCACUUUGGUACCAGUGGAGAGCUUCUAACCGGUGCAGCUUGUUACUUGGGAAUUGGCAAUUGUUUCACAAGUGCUUGUCUUGGGCCUGAUGUUGAGUUUUUAGGUCAAUAUUUUUCAGCUUCCAUUGGCUCAAGUUACACGCUAACGUUUCGGCUAUCACUGACGGGCGCAAGUGAUGUCUCUUCUACUAUGUUCUAUGUUGAUAUACUUCCUUGA